GCCUCAACGACAUGGCGGGGGGCACGCAUCCAGCGACGAAACUGUAUAACGUCGUACCCAGGCCAAUGAGGCGGCUUAUGGUCAUCCAGUUUGCUAUCGGCGGAAUACUUAUAUUGAUUUGGGUCCAUUAUAAUGGAGGACUGUUGCCUCAGUUUGUACGUAACCAAAUCCCCAUGCUCAAGGUUGGACCAGACAUAAGCCCCUUAGCAUACUUUUCACAAGUUAAAGAUGAUGCCAGUAAGAUCACCUGGGAAAGGGGUGUAAACAGCAAAGCUGCUUUGGACAAAGCUUUACACAGUAAGGCAAUGAUGCUGGAGUGUGAUGUGAUAUUACAGCAUGUGAACGGAGACACUCAGAAGUUGCUGCCCGUGCUGGCUGAUCCCCCCAAAAUUGACAGCGACAUAACCCUGGACCAGUGGCUGGACAGAGUGGUACGCUACAAUACAGGCAUUAAGCUGGAUUUCCACUCCAUUGACGCUGUGGAAAUCAGCCUGCAGAAGCUCAAGUUCCGCAAAGCUGAUCUAAUUCGCCCAGUUUGGCUGAGUGCAGAUGUACUGUCAGGUCCUCAUGCAACAGUUCCUCCCAUCGACCCAACACGCUUCCUGCGUACGGUCCACCAGCAGUUCCCAGAAUGCACCUUGGCCCUGGGCUGGAAGACGGGCCACCACACAGACUUAAGUUUGUCGGGUUACAGCUGGAGGAUGGUGAUGGAUAUGUACCAGCUAGUGUCUAACUGGGAGUUAAAACAGCCACUGACUUUCAAUGUGCGGCUGUCCCUAAUGCGUAACUCCGUCCCCCAGCUGAAGUGGUUGUGUGACGUGACGGGUGGCUCACUCACUGUGUGGCAUGGUACAGGGGACGUUCCAGUCGUCGCAGACCUUAUGUAUAUCGCGUACAAGUUUCGUCCAAACAAAGUCUACUUCGACCUCGAUCACGAGUACCUGCAACACCAGUUAGAGCUGUAUCGGCACCGUUCCCAGGAGAAACUGGAUCCACUGGUGCUUCAGCGUGACAGUGUGGUGAUCCGGCCAGAGGCCUGGGUUAAGAUGGGAUUCUGGCGUGAAGAGAGAUCCAUCCUGCCUAGCACGGAAGCUGUGGUACUCCUGACGCCAAAUGUCCACAUGGUCAGUAAAUUCAAGUACCAGCCUACAGACAGGCUAAGGCUUGUCGGCAGAGUCCAGUUCCUCAAGCAUACAGAUGUCGAGGCAGAUAAAGAAACUGGCUUGCAUAUCUUCUUCCGGACUAUAAAGUAUGACACUCCAGAUGAUAUCAGAGGGAUACGAUGCUUCAUUGGUGAGAUGGGUACGGUGAAGGUAGAGGGUUGGAAUGUCGGGGGGCGGGAGGAAUUUAAAGAUCGGGUGGGCAUGACCCCGAGCAAUGUUCGGUGUUACAGGUUUGCCAUAAUAAAUGCACUAGGCUAUAUCAAUAUAGCAGUGAACGUGUUACACGACUGUAAUACCCUGGACAGUGUCCAGCCAGAUGACUUCAACCCUGCAGAUCUGACAGUCCGUCUGCCUGGAGGCUUGCCUAGAGGGGAACUGCCCAUUGUCAUCAAAGCUGCAGACAGGAAACGAGCUAUUGUCAUUGAUGAGUUAACUGUGCAGUAUUCAAAUAAUGGAAAAUUUUAACGCUACACCUUGAUGCCAAAAAACAAAAAACACCACUAAAUGAAAACACCACCCAUCCAUCAUUUUUCAUGAUCAGAAUCAUGUAUAUAUAAGGGAAACAACAGACUGGCACAUCGUAUGUAUGCAAGUUUGUAUUACAGGUUCCUAUGAAUUCACAUAUAUUUUGCUAUGUGUAAUACAAAAUGUUAGCAUUUUAAUAAUUUGUUGUACAAUUCUUCUGUACAUAUCCUCCUGUGAUAUUGACAUGAUCGACAUUGUUAUAUUGAUCUGUUAUGUUUUGGUGUGUCAUUAAUAUUUUGUCUAGAGUCAAUGUUUUGUGUAUAAACUGAAUGACUUUCAUGUAAAAAAAUCUAGGAUUUUGCCUGGAUUUUAUUUGCAGUCGUUCAUAUCUGUACAAAGGCACUGAAAUAGUAUCAUAUAACAUUGAAUUGUAAGUUUAAAAAGUUGUUUAAUUUCUCUUGAUGUGGAUGUGGAAAAAAUUUCAAUUGUUCCAUCUCAUAUUACAUUUUCCCAUGCAUCAGAGCUCCACCC